AUGCGUAUACGUGGGAAAUUUUACGCGCGUAAGCGUAUACGCUACGCGCGGAGCACUACGUCCUCCGAGACUAUCCCUACUGCAAACCUUGGCCAAGAACUCGAUAUCACGAUCAACCGUGGCACUACGCACCAGGAUGCACAGACAAGUCUCACUUCGAAGCACAGUGCACCAGAGCAAUUUGCACAGGGCUAUGACGCGAGUAAAGGUCAAUACGUUGACAUGAUCAGUAGGAGUCGUGAGGACAUCAGUGUACAGAGUGAAGGACGUACGCUCACACGCUUUGAUGAUGAAAUACCACCGAACCAGCCUGUACUCCCACACACCCAGCCUGUUUCCGCAUCUGAAUCAAAGCAUGUAGCCCCUAGACAGAAUGACCCAGCUCUUUUGGACGCAAUUUGGAGAUUCAAAGUAAUGUCUGAAAAAAAAGAUAUUGAUCAGUUAUUCUGGGGCCGUCUAACAGCUAUGCUGGUGUUCCUACGCUUGUAUGUUGAGAGUGAAGAUAUGGGUUGGAUUGAUGCAUCUGUCCUUGCUGCCUCGUUAGCUGAAGACCGGGGGUCCUGUAGUGGACUGGACGUGUUCCUAUCUGGCUUGGACAUGUUCUGUGGUGGAACUGGUGGAACUCACAGUGGAUUGGUUGGAAUGGCUGUUGGAUUGAGUAGAAAGCAGCAGAUUUGGCAGUAG